AUGGGCCAAAACGAAAAAUAUCAACCACAGCGUCCCCAAAUUGGAGGUAUUGAAACUACUAAAUCUAUUAUUAAAGAUCUUGUUACCUAUUGUAGGACUAAUAUGAUCCUAUUUCAGAUUUUACUGAAAAAAAUCAUAAGUCUGAAAACUUAUCAAAUAUCAGACUUCGAGGAAUGUUUUGCCGAUCUUGCUGAGAAGCCAGUCAGUGAAAUUACUAAUAUUUAUUCAAUCCAUAACGUAAUUUUAUCCGUUUUAUCUCUGGCAGAGUCAAACAACUACAAGAACGUUACUAAGUGUUUUCUCUACCUAUCAAUGAACACAGAGCUAUUCGCGAAUUUCAAAUAUUACUACUUUGAUAUCUAUUCAAUCCAAAAACUUGCCAAUUGCCAAACUAUCGGUAAGUUUUUGAAGUGGUCAUUACGCAUUGCCUCAAAUCCAUACUCUGUCAUCAAGAGUCCAUCAUUUUAUUACGUAAUUUUCGAUCUUGCCGUAAAAAUACCUUCUUUGCUUGGAUGCAAGGCAAUUGUUGAGUCCAAAGAUCCAAAACGUCAAGAUUUCAGCAAUCUACUCUUCACAGUUAUCAAAGGAAAGCUAAUUCGUGUUCAAUACCAGAAAAACAUCCUUGAAUCCGGAGAUAUCAACACAGAAAUCAACGACAAGAAACUCUAUGACUUCCUUACCACAAUACCAGCCCUCGCUGCCACUAAAAAAGGUUUCAUUCCUUAUGUCAAAUUUGAACCAAACGAACGAACAUUAUCCAUUACAGAAAACUGCAACACAGUUAUGGGCUUAUCCAUGUUCUGUGAUUUGCCACCUCCAUCUCCCUACUUUUCCAAAUUAUCUCAUAAAAUUUAUGAAAUUUCGAGGCACGAAGUCAUUGUUAACUGCGACCAGAUCGACAAAUGGUACAUAUUUGUUGAUUACUUGUACAAAGACAUGGAGAAAUACCAAACGAAAGAUCUAAAUGAGUUAAUCUCCAAAACAGAAGACAAAUUAGCCUUGGAGAAGUAUCUUUUAAUGGAUUUCACGGAGAGAUCACCCAUUGCAUCCGAUUUCAUCCAGUUCCAAGAGAAGAUCAAACAAGAAUUAUCAAAUAUCCCACAGUACAACUACAGAAAACUGAUUGCAAUCAUCAAUGACAAACAACAUAACUAUGAAGUCAUACAACGUUACCAGCAAAACGGUCUAAUCAAUGAAAACGUUGAUGACAAGCUGUUGAAACAGUUCACAGACAUAAGAGACCAAUCAGUUAAUUACCAUCCGCAAGUUGACAUAAAAGGACUUUACAAAUACGAUGAAAAUGACAAAAGUCCACUUUCCGGAAUAAAUUGGAUAGAACCAAUUGUCAAAUAUUCCUUUGUUUGUCGAUUAAUAAGUGAUCUAAAAGAUUACCCAGUUCUUGCUUUCGACCAAUUGAUUGUUAUUGAUAGGAAAUACUUGGAAUUCGCUGAUGCAAUAUUGUUGAAAGGAGAUCAAACGAAAAUUGGUGAAUUGGAAGAUUACGCGACAAUGAAAGUUUACGAGGAAUAUCAAGAAAAACCUGAAUUACUCGUUGACAAGUUAUGGCUUGGAAAUUUCGAUAAAUUGAGAUCGAAUUUCAAGUCUGUGCCUGAUUCAUGGUAUAAAUACGCAUGCUAUCUUAUGGAUAAUUACGCUAUGGACUCUGAUCUAAUCUUUCCUCCGAAAAAUGUCAAUUUGUUCCAUAAAAUUGCUCAAAAAGGUUUCAAAGCUUUACAAAGUAUUGAAAAAUUUGAGAGCAUUGAUUUGUCAAAAGUUUACAAUUUCAAGCAAUACUUUGAAAUUAUUUCUCCUUUAGUUAAAGACCAAGAGAGUUCUAGUUUCAAACGGUUUAAACUUGUUUGCGAAACAAUAGAAACUCCUGUAAAAAUGGAUGAACCAUUACCUGAUGUUUGGUCAUAUUUACACAGACAAUUUGAUUUCUAUCCUAUUGGCAAAUGGCUGAGAAAUCACUUCUUCAGUUACGAGAACAUCAUCAACACACAUUUGUUUGAAGACAAAAUAACUUUGGCUGUCAUUAUAUUUAGAAUCAUUUCCAAUCCAAAAGCUUUACCAAGAGAUCCAUCAAUUAACAGGCAAUUCGAUGCUUUGAUACCUAAAUGCAAAGAAUUCAAUGAAUCAAUACUUAAAUACGAAGGUAAAGAUCAGGAUAACAAGAUGACAUUCACUUUGGAAUUAAGCUAUUUCGCAUUGAUGUCAAUUUUGGGUUCAGAACCAAGAAAUAACUAUGAUUUGCCACAUUACGUGUCAGAAGCCUUCAAAUAUCUGACAAAAAGAAUUGAUUUAAAUCCAUGCUUAGAAUUCUUUGAUUGGGUGUCAAUUGUCUACAUGUACAGCUACCAAUUACAGACAAGUGAUCUCAGCAAGAUUGCAAAACAAAUCACAUUAGCUAGUGAUAUUGAUACAUUGUUGAGAUUCAAUUUCACUAUAUUCAGAGAUGACUGGGAAAUUCAAGAAUUCUUCACAAAAUUCCAGAAUGAAUUGAAGAGGAAAGUCGAAGAUCUCAAGAAACAAAAGAAGAAAUUCAUUGAUGAAAUCUCACAACUCUAUAAAUCAGCGGAAUGGGAUGCAACAAUCAAAUGGUUUAAUGAAAUUCAUAAUUAUGAAACAUCAUAUGAAUUCUACAAAGUUAUUUUGGAAAAUUCUAAAUCUGUAUUGAGUUUUCCUUUGAAAGAACAGUUUUCUGACAUUUGUAAGAAUGUUGUACAACAGAAUCCAAACGAAUACAACUAUUUGUUGAUUCUUUCCAAAUACAGCUAUUUCUGCUAUUUGAUAGAAAAAGCGAAAUCAAUGCAUUUGUCUGCUUUGUAUUUGUUAUUUAAAGAUAGAACUGAUUCUAAUUAUUCCAAGAAAGAAGUGUUGAAAAUCAUGUUGUCUAUCUAUAACAAAGACUACAAAGCACUCGACGAGAUACAAAACGAAUACAAACUAUAUUAUUACACACAGUUAAAGAACCAACCAAAUUUGUUGUUCAAACAAAAUGUUGUCAAAAAAUUGAAUGAGUUUGGUAAUGAAUUCAAUGAUCUUAAUACAUGUGUUUAUGAUAUCAUUGGAAAGAUAUGGACUGCAAUUCCAAUAGACAUCGUUCUCCAGAUACCUGAAGACAUCGAUGUUUUCAUACAAAACGCAAAAUUGUCUCCAGAAAAAGUGUCAAAAUUAAUUCGUGUAAAUAUCAAUGAUUACAAACCAAAGCAACAAGAGAAUGUUGAAAUAGAAACACCAAAUGAAUACAACUAUUUCAAAGAACCUGUUGAUUACAACCAUUACGCUUUGAGCCAUCUUUUCUUGCAGAGAUUGAAACAACCAACAAGAGAAGAAUUUUACUCAAUUUUGGCAAAACCGCAAUUAUCGGUUGCACAUAUCAUAAUCAGGGCAUUCUCAACAAUCAAUGUUUUGAACAACACGAACUUGAAGAAAUCCAUAUCUACUAAAUUCAUGGAUAUUAUUAAUUCCAGAAUUUCUACUGUAAGUGAUGAUUAUCAAAGAGAAUUUUUGUCAAUUUUCAUUUACAUUUUGUACGAUCAUAAACCGCCAAAACCGUCUGCCAUUCAGAAUGAAUGUUUAACACUCACUGAAUUAGCGACAAAGAAAGACGAGAUGUUCCUUGAUAACUGGAUCAAGUACAUGACCAAAUUAUAUAAUUUCAUUGUCAUUGCGAAAAACAGCAGUUUCGAUGCAAUUGCAAAAGAAGUCAAGGAAUGGAGUGAUUACGAGAUGUUCAUGAAUUUCGAUUUCAAGAAGGAAUUCGAUGGUUACGACUGCAACGUAAUGACUCAGUUCCAACAAGCUCUAAAAAGUGACAUGACCACUCGACCAAGUUAUUACAUGUCACUUUUCGAUUCAAUUAUUUCCUCUAAGAAGAAUAAUUACGAGAUCAUCAAGUACUUCAUUGAUAAUGGUUUCGUAAACAUCAAUCAAACACCACCUUAUAUUUUGACAAAACUUGUCAAUUUGUCAGAAAUUCAACAAGAAAAAGUGACAAAUAGUUAUACAGAAGAAUUCAAGAAAGUUAAAUUAAAUGAGAUAAAUAAUGCUGAAUUCGAUAUCGGAUGGUUGGAACCACUUGUUAAAUUCAGCCAUGAUUUGUCGUUGAUUGAAAAAUGCAGAAAUUAUGAUUUCUUCGCCAUUUACGAGAUGAUCAAAAUUUAUCCAGAUGCUUUUCAAAAUAUUUCUGAGUUUUUGUCGAAAGAUAAGUGCCAAUUUUUAGAUGAUUUGGAGAAACAAACAUACGAUGAAUUAUUCAAAGUAUACGAGGCAUAUCCAGAUCUCUUCAAUCCAAGACAUCUCCUCACGAAAUUGAACAUGACAGCAAUGACUUACAAAUCUCUCAAAUCAGAGUCAAUUUCUCAAUUGUUUGAUUUGAUUAAUACAUAUGAUUUGAAUGAGGAAAUCGUUCUUCCUAAACAGACUUUCUCAUUGUUCUUCGACCAUUGCACAAAGUUGUUCCCAUUCUUGUCAAAUGUAAACGGUUUUCGGAAGUACAAACCGUCAAAAUUCACUUCAUUUAACGGUUUUGUCAAAGACGUUAAGAAGAUGAUUGGCAAGAAACCACUUCCAGAGUUUGAUCAACUUAGGAAGUUCUGUGACCAAAUCGAGACAUUCAAUGAUGAGAAAAUCAUCUAUUUCGAUGACAUCAAAGAGCUGAAAAACAAGGAAUACAAGAAAGUUCCUGUUCACUAUCUUUUGAUGAAGAAAUACCCAAGUUUGUCUUAUUUCGUUGAGAGCUUGAACAUGGAGAAACUCACUGUCGGAUUGAUUGUUUUCAGAUUGUUCUCAAGUAUGAAUAUUUUUGACAGUUUACAAGAAAGUGAAAUAUUAAACGGUCAAAUAAGUGAAGUGAACUUAUUUGAUGAAGCAUAUAUUUCCAAUUUGAACGAGAAGAACAAGAUCAAUUUGAUUGAAUACUACUCAGAGAAAUGCAAAGAUUUAUUUAUCCAAAUUUUGAAAGAAAACAAUUUUGAGAACUAUCAGAUCAACCAAAUAACUGUUGACAAGAACAUUGAUAACAUCAUCAAAACAGCUUUGGAAGCACGUGAGAUUUUCUCUAAAAUGCACUUGCAACGUCAAAAGACAAUAAGUAAUUCGAACAAAUACUUCUUGAUGAAUUAUUCUGACUACAAGAACAAGAAUUUGAUAAAUGUUUCUUUGCUGCAAAUCAAAGAUUGGUCAGAAAAAGAGAAUUACAGCAAAUAUCUUCCAAGAUAUUUCUCCGAAGUUUUGAAGACAUAUAACAUUGAUAAAAACGAAAUUGCUGACAAUACUUUUGUCGCAAAUCCAAUGUUGCAUUUCUUCAACAAACUAAAGGGUUAUUUGGGUGAAGAAGAAACAUCAGAAAACUCUCCUUUGGUUGAAUUACAAUCAAAAAUUGAUGAUUUACAAAAUAAGGUUAUGCAAGUAAAAAGUGACAUUGAAAAUGACAUCAAACAUGAGAUCAAAGAAAUCAAAGACAAAACAAUCAGAUCUAAAUGGGUUGAAUAUUCCGGACAUGUAUCAAGAAUCCUCAAAACAGUUCCACAAGUCAUGAUGAAACCAUCUGCAGAAAUCGACUCAAUAAAACUUGACAAACUCGAGUUCUUCGAAAUGGUAAAGAAUGCAAGUGAUAAUUACGGUGAUUACAAUGAAUUUGAGUUGUUAUAUCAUUCUAAAGGAAUCCUAAAGGUUGUGAACAACAAGACAGGAAAAUACUUCAAGUAUCCAAUCCAAAAUAACCCGUAUUUGAUGUGGUUCACGCCUGGUUUGGACAGAUCAAUGUAUGUCUUCGAAAAUUGUUCUCCAAAAUUUGUCAAAAUAAGAUUGGCAAAAAUUGUCAAAGAACCGGCAAAAACUGACAUGAAGACAUUUACUAAAAUAUACAACGAACUCAUGGAUCUCGUGAAACAGACUAAAGAAGAAAACAUUUUCAUUGGAAAGUACAAUUUGAAUAAAAUUUUGGCACUUUUCAAUGUCAAAACAUUUUCUCCUGAAGAUUUCUGCCAAAAAAUGAAAGAAAUCGAUCCAGAAAAUGUCACUUUUGGAAAAGUGAAGUCAAAUGUCAAAAAACUUUUAGAGUUGAGUUCACAAAUGGAGAAUUUGAACAAAGACAAAGAGAAGAUCAAUUCCAGAUCGAGAGUUAUUGACGAAAACUUACAAAACUUGCAGAACAUUGAAAUCCCAAAGAUUCCGACACCGAAAACAUAUGAUAAUUUGCAUUUCAAUGUUCAGACGAAGUUUAUUCCGAAAGUUAUUUUGGAUCAAGAGAAAGUUUUGCCUAAUUUCAACUUUAUUUACAUUUCAUGUCAAAAUGUAAAUAAAACUGCCAAAAACCUUAUUUUACAAAUUAAGGUUAUCGGUGUUUUCCAGUUUUUGUAUUUGAAUGUCAAAUGCCAGAAUCAAAACGACCAGAACUUGAUCAACACGACAAUCAAAGAUGAUUUUAUUUUGUUCAUAAUAAAUCUCGAACAAAUCAACACAGAUUCUAAACCAAUCAAUGGAGUUUUCACUGUUGCUGACAAAGAAAUUCCAUUUACAGUUAACCUUAAAUUAAUUGUAAACGGUCAUGCCGAUGACAUUGAUUUUGUCUUCCAGAAAUUCACUUUGCCGCAAAUGAAGUUUGAUGAAGUAAAUCUGCCAGUUUUUGACGGUUCUGACAUGUCAAACGGUUGCCAGUCAAUGUCAGAUUGUUUGAGUUACUGUGAUCAAUUUUUACCACUUGUUUUCAUGAUGAAAGUCAAGAACAUCAAUGAUUUCCCACCGAAUGCAAUGAAGUUGUAUAAAUUGUUCUCUGAUUUGAACGAAUGGAUUUCUUCUAGAAAGAUCUCGACGUUUGCUCCUUAUGGAGAAACAGCCAAGUCUUUCUUAGUCAGUUUCGCGAAAUUGAGGAGUUCUCUUGGAAUUUCUGAAAAAUCUGUUGAAGAUUACCUGUUUUCUCUCGAAAAAGUCGUUUUGUUCGCAGAUGACAUUUCUAAAAUCGACACAAAACAAUCUGCAGCAGAAGAACAACCAGUUACAACUGAAGAAGUCAAAGAAGAACCAAAAGAAGAAGAAAAAGUUGUUGAAAUACAAGAAAUUGUUGAAGAAAAGAAGGAAUUUGAGUUCAAACCAAUUGAAAAGAUAGAAGAACCUCAACAAUUGCAAAUUCCUCCACAGAUAAAUCAACAACAACAAACACAUUCAAAGAAGAAACAAAAGAAACACAUUUUCAACCAGUUCCAGAUGCCUCCUCAGUUCCAAGAUUACAAACCACAACAAACUCAACAACUUCAGAUGCCUCCACAACAAACUCAACAACUUCAGAUGCCUCCACAGUUAAAUCAACAGUUGCAAAUGCCACCACAAAUUUCGCAAAUUCCUCCACAAACACAAACAUUGCAGAUGCCUCCACACAUUUCACAACAAACUCCUCCUCAGACACAGACUCUUCAGAUGCCUCCACGGUUAUCACAACAAGUUCCUCCUCCACAACAACAAACACUGCAGAUGCCGCCUCAGUUCCAACAGAUGAACACUGGAUUUGGACAGAUUCCGCCACAACAAACACAGCAAUUCGUUGGGUUUGGCCAACAACAUCCUCCUCAACAGCAGGAGAUGAUUGGAUUUGGACAGCAACAACAGUUCGGAUUCGGACAACAGCAACCACAGCAACAGUUCGGAUUCGCUCCUCAGUUCGGACAGCAACAAUUCGGUUACGGAAUGCAGUCUCCGUUCACCGGAUUUGGAACUGCUCCUCCUCAGAUGCAACAUGUUUUCGUCGGCCAGAACCAGCCUCCGAUGCAGCAGCAGUUCACGUACGGAUUCGCUCAGAAUAACGAACCAGAACAACAGGAGAAUGAGCAGCAACAACAGUCCAACAGACAAAGAAAGAGAAGGAGAAAUUAG